AUGAAGGAGAGUUUGCAAAACAUCGGGGACCUCAUCGCUGAACCGAGUGCCGCGUUUUCGCGUCUCAAAUUACAACCGAGAUCUGGCAUCGCAUUUAUAGUCUUUUAUCUGUUUUCUGUUCUCAUUGGCUGGGCUGUUCUUCCGUACACUAAAGUGCUGAGUGCUGCACAACUCGUGAAACGAGGUUUGCAACCGGAACAACUUGAAUCUGCGGGAAAUAUCGGUCAGAUUUUCGAGAGCAUUGGUAUCUUCAUCGGACCAAUCUUUGCGAUUGUGGUGUUUGUCAUUAUCAGUGCUGUCUUCAAGUUAGCAGCUCGAUUUCUUGUGGAAGGUGUUAUCGCUUUGCUUGUGGGUGAAGCCAUCGUUGAUUGGCUGAUGCCGCUCCCAAGUGCUGUCCGCAUCGCUUUAUUAGCUAUCGGUGUAGGUGUUAUCGGUUACCUGCUGUAUAAGUAUCUCGUUCAACCGCUCCGGGCAUCGCUCACGCUCCGUGAUGUCGCCCUCAACGUUGAAGGAAACCAUCCGAACCUUGAAGAUAGGCUGGUGAGUGCCAUCGAAUUCGGAAACCGAGAAUCGGCGGAUCCGAUUGAAGCGCACAUGCUCCAACGCUUGCUUGAGGAUACCAUCGAGCGGGUAAAAGGCAUCAAUUUCAAAGCAACAAUUGAUCACAGUCGCACCCAAAUCCAUACGAGCCUGCUCCGUGUAUUGGUGCCUUGGGAGAGAACGGAUCCGAUUCUGACAACCAAACUCGCUGUUGAGCCAGGAAAUGCGCGGAUCCUCCGCGGCAAGAGCCUGCCGAUUCAUGUGACUGUCACCGAACGCUACACCGUUGAAGUCUUUGAAAUGCCAAAGGUGACUGAAAUUUCGGUCGCUUACACUUACCCUGACUAUACGGGUCUUAAACCCGUUGUGCAAACAGGAACCGGGAAUAUUCAUGCUGUCGUCGGCACGCAAGCAGAAAUCAGACUUACGACGAAUAAAGCUAUUCAAACUGCAUCAAUAGCCACCAGCAGUCAGCCUUCGGCAGUCGGUCAAGAGCCGUCUGGGACAGAUGAGAACGUCCGCAACUCCGACAACGAUCUACCGAGAGCCGAUAACCAACGGUUUCCGAUAGCCAUUAAUGGAAACACGCUCACGACCACUAUAGAUGUUGUUGAGAAUGGAAGCUAUGCCAUUCAGCUGCUAUGCAUUGAUGGGUUCAACAACGAGAUACCGAUCGAAUACACAAUCAAAGCCAUUCCAGACGCUGUGCCUGAAGUCGUUAUCAAAGAACCCGGUCGAGAUGUGAAAGUUACAAAGUUAGAUGAGGUGGAAAUCAUCGCUGAAGCAACAGAUGACUACGGCGUUGCAGAAUUGAAACUCAUGUAUCGCGUCGGAUCCGAUGCAUUGCAGGAACUCGUGAUGGAAUCCUGCCGUUUCCACUCCGAUUGUAGGAUCCGAAUCCGGUGCUGA